AUGUUUGCAAAGAGAACAUCAAGACACUCAGAAGGAAGCAUCGGCAAGCCACAUCCAAAGAUGCAAUUUACUCCAUCAGAGGAUGCACAGCUUGUCAAACUUGUCAAGACAUAUGGCGAAGGCAACUGGGAGACAAUCGCCAAUAUCAUGGGAAACAGAAACAUUAGACAAUGCAAAGAGAGAUAUAUGAAGUACUUAUCUCCAGAUAUCAAUAGAUGUCCGUUUACAGAAGAAGAGGAUAACAUCCUUAUCGAAAAAUACAACGCAUUUGGUCCACGCUGGGUCAAAAUAUCUAAGUUUUUCAAUAACAGAACAGAUGCAGCACUCAAAAACAGAUGGAACGUCUUGGUCAGACACCACAAUAAUUCUUCUGCCGGUUCAUCUUCUUCGUCAUCAUCAACACAGACAUCUGCAUCAUCACCAAUAUCAGAACCAGACUCCGAUUAUGAGUAUACAGGUCGCUCACAGCCUUCAAGGUCUUCCAAGAGGAGAAGAUCUCAGACAAAGAAAGUCCAAAACACAAAAACAGUACCUGAAAAACAGAUAGAUACAGAAAACACAAAGGAAGCUGACAUUUUCUCGAUAUUCAAUAACUUCGAAGAAGAAGAGUUGUUGAACUUCAACUUCGAUCUCGACUUGUUCAGCGAGGAAUCAUUCAAAUCUUUCUGA